AUGGAGGAACAAAGGCCUCGUUUGAGCUGUGACUCGGAUGAAUCGACUGCUUUGACGUGGCAGGACCAAGUCCACAAAGAUCUGAAAAGCGAUGCUGUACGAUUGCGACUUCAAACGUAUUCGACACUAUCUGAGAAAUGCAGCGAGUCCAAGGACAUGCAGAAGCAAGUGGGGCAGUUGUUUGGGGGUCCUCGCAAUGGAGUCACAUCUUCUUUAUUGACUGUUCUAUUCGACGACUUACAUUCAACCGAUAAAACAUUACGCAUAGCGGCUGCACGUGUGUUGUGCCUCAUGGCAUACGAGAACCUCACGAACCAACAAAUGAUCAUACGGAGUCAGGAUGUUCGAGACGAAGAGCAUGUUGGCAUCACUAUUGGAUGGGUGCACGUUUUCUCAAUCCCUCAGUUGUUACGGGAUCGGUAUGAAGCACAAUGUGAAAAACGUGGAGUGUUCACAACCUCAAAAGGUUUAAUCGAAUUCGUCUCGAAUCUGAUCAAAGACAACUACGCGUCCAUUUACAGUCGAAUAGGACGCUACUACGCUGAAGGCUGUCACGAAUUUCUACCUCUAUGUUGGUCUCAAGCUCUAGUGAACGAUUCAUCCGAGAGUGUCGAUAUGGAUGGCGUUCCUGAUCCAAACGAGAACGUCUUGGGGUUUUAUCUCGUUCCGAGACAAAUGCAGUUCCCAGAACAGGACGACUAUUUCUUGCAUGAUAUACUAGCCUCGAUUCAAACAAGAUCUGAGCUUUCGCGUCUUCAGCGAGUACAUACAGCAUUCGAACAAGUCGCUUUCCGAGCAACAGAAGCCAACGCUGCAAUAUUGAAAACUGUUCUAGAAGGGAUAUACAGCUCAUUUAAUAGUGAAGAGGAAGCAGAUAUUGCGGAUCAACGACAAACCAGUUUCCUGGAAUGGCUGGACGCAUUCCCGAAACGAAUGAUAACUUGGAAUGAGAUUCUCAGUUGGUGUUGUACGGAUAUGAACACUGAUGAAAUGCUCAAGCGCUUUGGUGCAGAAUCAUACAGAAUUGUUUGUGAUACCUUUCAGAAAUUAACUUUUGGUGGUGAAGGGCAAACAAAGGACCAAGCAAACUAUUAUGUGUGGGAAUCGACUCUUGUCGGGGCACUUCUGAACCAUCCAGACCUUCCUCAUGAGCUCAAAGCAAACAUUCGAGCCAUGGCCCCUGGAUGUGUGAACCGACUUAACCUCUCUCAUCGAAAAGCUAAUAACAAUGCCCCGGUAAACUCGACAAAAGCGUUCGAAUGUCCUUGGGAGUAUUUGUUCCCGCUCGAGUUAACAGAGAUCAACCCGAUCAGUUGGAGUGUAUUUCUAAGCAAAUGGCGACAAAGUGCAGACGCAAAACCCGAAGAAGACCCACAAAUUUUCCACCAGUCUGACCGAAGACACCACUCCGUCGGUGACGCUGCAAAUCCAGCACUGCUGGUAGCUCGGAAGAACGCUCUAGCCACCUUAAUGCACAAUCCCCGUAUAUUCCAUAGCCUCCGCGACCUGAACCAGUUACGCCAGCAACUUCCAUUUAUCGCCAAUCGACCACCUGAAGUCAGAGAAGAAAGCGCAGAGUUUCCUGCUUCACCAAGUCGAUCGCAAAGUAUACAGCAACGUCAGUUAAGCGAAGCAGAGAGACGUGAACUGAAGGAGAAUCGCAAGUUGUUUCGCAAGUUCCAGCGGUCAUCAAUCGAACUUGAUGAAGCUACACGGCAGCGUAUUGAAACCAAGCGAGAAGCUCGAAACCAAGCACAUGAAAGAGCAGCAGAAAACCGGAAGAAGAACGAGAAACUCGCCAUUCAGCGCAUACAGGAGCUAGCACGUUCAAAACGUGACAAAUUAGUGAAAGUUCAGGAGCGAAUACAACGCAAGGAAUAUCGCUGGAAGGUUCAUCUUGAAGCGAGACAGGAGCGCCAUGAGCGGGUUCAAUGGUGGAAACAGAUGCAACACGAAGAUUUAGUAGCCCGACAGGUAGAAUUCAUGCGGCAAAAGGAGGAGGACGACGCUGCGCGAAGACUAGAGCAAAACCAACAUACAAUGAGUCAGAACUUACGCAGGUCUGAAGUAUCUCCUCCUCGAGCUCCUACUACAGAGCGACAAUAUUCCUGUCCAAGACGACCUCAAUCUGCUCGAACAGCUACUGACCCCCAGACCAUUCGUGAACGGGCCAACGUGUAUGGCUGUGCUGCAUCGAAAGCCUUCGCAGCACGUAGACCGCAAACUACACGGGCGGAUUUUUACUCGGGGACUAAAAGUCCUAGUAAAUCUGCCAGUUUUCGACGAGUUCGACCAGCAAGUGCUGGUCCCAGCCGUAAUGUUGGCCCUAGCGCGGCUCCAGCCGCUGAAUUAAACAGAAGUGAUCCCCUAGUAUUGGACGUGGAAAAUGCCUGCCAAACUCUCGUCAUGACCAACGCAGCGCAUGCGGUCGCACAAGAAAUCGCCAUCCCGUCUGUACCAGGUCCUGUACCUGAAGAGGAGAUUGUGCCGCCUGCAGUCAUUAUGGCGCAAUAUUUGGCCUUGGAAAAGGAGCAGAGAUUCAAACUGCACGAACGCUACUGUGUGAAUCGAGUGAGUCACAAACUCACGUUCGCAGUGCUGCAGCAAUUGACUCAUGAGAUGAGGCAAGAUGCAGCUUGGCGUGAAUUUGCCAAGGCCGCAGGAGGAGCUGCGAAUAUUAAGCGCAACAAAACCAAGCGAGAUGCCAAGGUCACGUACACUGCUUUUGCCAGUGUAGCGCAUCAACUGGGAAUCACUAUGCCCCCUAAACGGAUACAAGUUGUGGCACGCAGCUUAGACCCGUGGAAGACGGGGUUUGUAUCUUGGGAAUCGUUUUACCCAUGGUGGAGCAAGCAAUUACGUGUUAAGGGACACAUGGCUACACCAUCGGAGCUGAGCGAGCUGGAGCGUGGAGAUGGAGCUUGGGAAAACAUUCAGGAGGUUUUGCGCUUCGGGUUCAGGAAGUUGUGGAAGGUUUUCGCUGGUGUGGAUUCUCGUGUGAAGGAGCUAGAAAACGCUGUUGCUAUUCAAAAGGAUGAUUCACUACGCCAGCAUCAGCACUUGGAAGCUAUCGCAAAGACAUUAAACGCCAUGAGCGAGCAACUUCGACUUGAGCAGGAGGAAACGACAAAUCAGCAGAUCGAGGCGCGUUUGCAGCACUUGGAAUGCCAGAUUCAGAACCAGCUCGCAGAAAACCACACUGGUGCAGUUGAUAACAAAGCUCGAAUAGCGAAGAUAGAGCGCCGUCUGGAUCUAAUAGAAGAAGAAAUGGGGCAUUUCGUGACGGCGAUCGAGCAGAAGGCAGAUGCAGAGGAGAUGCUAGCACAAGGAAGAGCACUGGAAGAAUCGAUACGCAAGCGCUGCAAGAAAGAAGCUUUUGAUCAAGAAGUGCUCAAAAUGCAGGAGCGACUCCUUCAACAGCGACAAGAACUAGAAAAUGAGUUAUCACUCUCCAUCUCGGACUUUAGAACUGCACAAGAAACGCAUUUCCAUUCAGAGAUGGAGAAUUGGGCUGGGAAGAUACAAGAGAGCACGCUUGAAAAUGUGCAAACGCUGUUCGAUCACGAGAUUCAGAAGCAAGGAGAGGCUAUGGGAUCACUAGGUAUUCAGAUUAAGCUCUGUUGUGACGCUCUUGAAGCCCAGCAGAGAAGAAUGGACGAUUUCCAAGUGGAGAUUGACAAGAAGGUUCGUGAGACGCUUGUUGCGGAUCGAGAAGAGAUUGCUCUCCAAUGCAGUGAGGCUCACGGCCAAAUCGACUACCAGUUUCGCACCCAGGAAGCAGUUUUGGAGAGGAUUCGAGUGCAGCAAGAAGAGAUCGCGACAAGUUUAAGUAAGCGAGACCAACAAACGCUAGACGACAUCAAUGCUGCGGUCGAGAACCUUGAUCGUCGUGUACUUGAUCGAGAGAAUCAAGAGCUCGAGAAACUGCGUCAUCAUUUCACAGAGGAAAUCCAACUGACGAUUGCCAACGCUUUAAAGGCAUUGGAACUUGCUAAAGAUCGAGAACAGCGCAAGUUGAAGCAGCACCAACACGUUGUCGGACGCAAACUGGCAGAACUUGACCAGAUGAUGCAACUCAUUGGGAGGCAACUGAUUCAAAACACGUCACAGUUGCAAGUGGUGCGCAACGAGCAGCUCGAGUAUAGUUUGCAGAGUGAAGACGCAGGAUAUAGUGACGACGAACUCUUGCUCCCGUAUGACGACGUGGCUGACAACGUCAAUCUCCCACGCACUCCAGUCUUACCUGCAAUAAACGAAACUAGUCACAGCAGCACCAUUCAGGACGCUGCGGAGUUGGUGACGCGUCGAUCUCAGCAUCAAGAAUUGCAGGGGCAGUUGGACAAGAAACUUCGCGACUACAGUCAAGUCUUGUCUCCUAGCCGAGCACAAGAAGAACGGGAGAGCCUUACCCAGCCUACACAGUCACCAAGAGAGUAA